UAUAAAAUACCGUUAUUGCUAAUUUGUAGCUCAUUUACCCCUUACCUUCCUCUUUUCCCAUGGAAAGAAUUACAACUCGAUUAAGUGGUGUUUCUUAGAACUGUAGGCAUCAUGUUACAUUGUAACUGCCUGUACACAGGAGAUGAUCUGUACUGAUUUAACCAUUUUUUAAUGCUUUCUUUCGUAGGAAAGAUGGAAGAACUGAGUCAAGCCCUGGCUAGUAGCUUUUCUGUAUCCCAAGAUUUGAAUAGCACAGCAGCCCCGCACCCCCGCCUGUCCCAGUACAAGUCCAAGUACAGUUCCUUGGAGCAGAGUGAGCGUCGCCGUCGGUUACUGGAACUGCAGAAAACCAAGCGACUGGAUUAUGUGAACCAUGCCAGAAGACUGGCUGAAGAUGACUGGACAGGGAUGGAAAGUGAUGAGGACGAAGAUAAGAAAGAUGAUGAAGAAAUGGACAUUGACAUUGGCAAGAAGUUACCAAAACGCUAUGCUAAUCAAUUGAUGCUGUCUGAGUGGUUAAUUGAUGUCCCUUCAGAUUUGGGGCAGGAAUGGAUUGUGGUCGUAUGCCCUGUUGGAAAAAGAGCCCUAAUCGUGGCCUCCAGGGGUUCCACCAGUGCCUACACCAAGAGUGGCUACUGUGUUAACAGGUUUUCUUCCCUUCUGCCGGGAGGGAACAGGCGAAACUCAACAACAGCAAAAGACUACACCAUUCUGGACUGCAUUUACAGUGAGGUGAACCAGACCUACUACGUUCUGGAUGUGAUGUGCUGGCGGGGACAUCCUUUUUAUGACUGCCAGACUGAUUUCCGAUUCUACUGGAUGCAUUCAAAGUUACCAGAAGAAGAAGGACUGGGAGAGAAAACCAAGCUCAAUCCUUUUAAAUUUGUGGGACUCAAGAAUUUCCCAUGUACCCCUGAGAGCCUGUGUAAGGUGCUGUCCAUGGAUUUCCCUUUUGAGGUGGAUGGGCUUCUCUUCUACCACAAGCAGACCCACUACAGCCCUGGAAGCACUCCCCUGGUGGGCUGGCUGCGCCCCUACAUGGUGUCAGAUGUUCUUGGUGUUGCUGUGCCAGCUGGUCCACUGACCACCAAGCCAGAAUAUGCUGGGCACCAGCUCCAGCAGAUUGUUGCACACAAGAGGAGCCAGAGGGAGGGUACGAAGGAGAUCACACACAAGGCCUCUGAGAAUGGACACUACGAAUUAGAGCACCUGUCUACCCCCAAGCUGAAGAGUCCUCCCCGUUGUCCAGACCACCCUGGGAGCCUCAUGGAGAACUAAAGAGAGCAGCCUCCUUUGGGAGUCAUGGGACAGUGCCUGAACCCAGAAGGAAUCUGGGGACGAGGACAGUGACUACAACAGGUGACUUCAUUUUACAGUGGGUUUUCCAAAGGCACUCCAGCUGGAAACUAGCUUAUCUCCUAUCUAAAAUACUGGCUCAAACAGCUGGAGGGUUGGUUACCACAUUGGGUAGUAUUCAGAUUGAGUUGAGUAGCUCCUAGUAUUAAAAGUGUAUCCCAGAUCCCCAAUGUAAAUGUAUAUUAUUCUUAAGAAAGAA